CGCCAUUCCAACCGACAACCGUUUACACAAGUGGUGGCGUAUGACGACAUCAUUUUCGCUGUAAGGUCGCAUGCAGACGGUUCGCGCGCCCGAAUUCAUAAUCGAUAUUUUAUUUUUCAUCCACCGAUUUCCGUAUAAAUCUCAUCGGACGGAGAAAACAACGGCAACAAUAUUAUUGCAAUAAAUGUAAAAACAAACGGAAAAUAAAAUCGCCUGUUUCGUCGUUCGCCACGAUUAAUAUUCUACGAUUUAAGACAAAUAUGCAUAAAUUUCGCUGCUAACGACAAUAGUAAUCAUAUAUUGUUAUCGUCACACGUCCUCUGUAAGCUAGCUGUUUACACCGCGUCGCAAACGGUCGUCGUGGCCACUAUAUUAUGUACUUAGUGAAUUCCUUUUUAAUCUAGUCCGCAGCGCUCGUAUCCACGCACACUAUCACCGUACGCAUAGAGCGUGUGUGUCAAUACAAUAUUAUAAGUUAGUUUUUUUUCUACGUGAACACUCGAAUUUUUUCGAAAAUUUUGUCGGACAUCCUGUAACGUUCAAUCAUUAUGAGUCUCUCGGAAUCGGGAUGGAAUACGUAUGAUGCUCCAGGAUUGAACCGUUGGCAAAACAACGCCAAUGGCUCAACUGUAGCUAAAAUGCAACACAAAUACUGGGUAACUAAACAGCAAGUAUGUAAAAAAUUGGGGAAAAAGGACGACGAAUUCAUAGUAGCUUCGGACGCUGAACUUGAUGCUAAACUAGAACUAUUUAAGUCUAUUCGGGGCAGUUGUCAACAUUUGCAAAGGAUUGUCAAUAAAUACGAUGAAAAAAUUUAUAAUUUAGCAUAUGAAGAAAAUCAAAUGGGCUUGUUUUUAAAAAAAUCUGGAAACAAAGAUCAAACCAAAGCUGGUGAAAUGAUGCAAAUUUUGGGAAGUUGUAUGGCACAGUCAGGACAAGAGAGAAUUGGUUUACGUACGCCACUAGCCAGGUUACACCAGGAAAUAGAAACAUUUUGUUUAAGAGCUGUAGAAGAUACACAGAGCGAUGUGAAACGUAUGGAAAAUGCCCGUACAGACUACAGGGCUGCUCUGAAUUGGAUGAAAGACGUUUCUCAAGAACUAGAUCCUGACACCAAUUCACAAUUAGAUAAAUUUAAAAACGUACAGACCAAAGUAAAAAAGUCCAAACAGCAGUUCGAUCAUCAAAAAUUGAUUUGCUUACAAAAAGUCGACCUGCUUGCCGCUGCGCGUUGCAAUAUGUUUUCACACGUCCUUAUUUUCUAUCAACAAAGUUUACAGCGAUUUGCCGAAUCCGUUGCAGCAUCGUUUGAGCACGCAACUAAAGAUUUUAGACAGUACCAACAUUAUGACUUCAAAAUGAUUAAAGAGUUGAGAACGGAAUCUGUAAAAGCUACGUCCAAGACAGAAGAUAAUACCAAUGAUUCAAGUUCGUAUACGGAAUUGGGUAUUGAAGCAACUUGCGACCAGGUAGAAGAAACAAACGAAUCCCCUUUGCUUUCGUUGUUUGACGGAAGCGAAAAUUUUGGAAAUUUCUUAUCAAAUCCUUACGAAAGUAAUCAAGAAGAGAAAAACUCAGAACUUAAAGGAAACUUACUCGGAACAGGAGAUGAAUUUUUACCGUCCCAAUUAUUGUCGGACUUGUUAUCCGGGUCAACUGGGUCAAGUACAGCCGUUAAUACGAGUACUAAAAAAUCAACCAGUUCAUCAAAUUGGGCAGAUAUUUUUGCUGAUCUUGAUCCACUGAACGAUCCCAGAUUGACAACAAAAUUAGACCCAUUAGAUCUUCUUUGAACUACUUUAAUUUAAAAAAAAUUCUGUUUUUCUGCUUAUUUAUUUUACAUUAAAAAAGAUAAGAAAAGUGAAUUGUAUAUGAUUAUGUAUAUAAGAGUUAAUCAAUAAUGUGAAUGCUUAUAAAUUUGUAUAAAACA